AUGAAUAGAACACCCCUCUUUUCCAUUAUCUCCCUAAACAUUUUCCUGAAGAAAUAUCAGUUCCUAUGUUUAGAACUUUGUGCAAGAAUGUGCAUUAAUCAAGGUAAGGAUGCAAAACAAGAACGGUUGAAAGUUAUGAUCACAGACAUGAGAGAUAUAGCAGUUUUUAUAGCAUUUUUUCAUGUAAGCAUUGUGGUGGCAACGGUUCCUCCCUGCCAAACCUGUGGCUCACCCAACCUAUCUCCUCCAGCACCUGAAGCUGCUUCACCUGAACCAGCUCUCACUCAACCAGUUGAAUCUCCAAAAACAGUUCCUCCCUGCCAAACCUGUGGCUCACCCAACCCUUCUCCUCCAGCACAUGAAGCUGCUUCACCUGAACCGGCUCCCACACCAUCAGCUGACUCUCCGAAAACAAGUAAGGCACCUAAGGAUGGAGUUUUUGAUAUCACUGAGCAUGGGGCGGUGGCUGGUGGGGGGACAGAAAGUAGCUCGGCAUUCUCUGCUGCAUGGACUGCUGCGUGUGAUUAUGCAGGGAAAUCUACCUUUUACAUACCUGAAGGAAGAUACCUGGUUGGCCCAAUCUCAUUUACAGGCCCCUGCUAUAACAACUGGUCACCUAAUGUAGAGAUCAGGGGAACAUUAUUGGCUCCAAUUAGCCUUAGUGCAUUUAAAUCCUCCACCUGGAUUGCAUUUAAAAAUUUGCAGGGAUUCAUUGUCACAGGGGAAAAUGAAACAGCAAAUAUAGAUGGCCAAGGAGCAGCAGAAGCCUGGAAACAGUUUAGCUGUGAGAAAUCAGAUAGAUGUAAGAAAUUAAUCACAUCAAUGGAUUUGAUCAAUGUUUCACAUGCAACCAUCAGCGGUAUCACUCUGUCAAACAGCAAGGGCUUCCACUUAGGCCUCCAUGGCAGCAACCACAUCAAUAUCUACAAUGUCAACAUUACUGCUCCUAAGGAAAGCCCAAACACAGAUGGCAUCCAUGUCAGUCACUCCUCUAACAUAAACAUUUUUUCUUCAACAAUUGGAGUAGGUGAUGAUUGUGUCUCCAUUGGACCUGGUAGUAGCAACAUCUCCAUUUCUGAUGUCCAAUGCGGUCCAGGCCACGGAAUUAGUGUGGGAAGCCUUGGCAAAUAUAAAAAUGAGAAGGAUGUGGUUGGGAUCAGCGUGCAGAACUGCACCAUCAAAGGCACACAAAACGGCAUCAGGGUCAAGACAUGGCCUGGAGCCCCUCCAAGCAAAGCUUCCAACAUGACAUUUGAAGAUAUUUUUAUGAUCAAUGUCUCCAACCCCAUAAUUAUAGAUCAAGAAUACUGUCCUUCACAUAGCUGCAACACUAGUGAACCAUCACUUGUGAAGCUUACAGACAUAUUCGUAAGAAACAUCAAUGGCACCUACAACACCAGAUCUGCAAUAACUUUACUGUGCAGCUCUGAGGUCCCUUGCGAAAACGUUCAACUUGUUAACAUAAGUCUGAACUAUGUAGUGCCCGACAGUCCUAGGCAAGGCCGGAUGAGCACGAAAGGGUUUCUUAAUGGCUUACAAGUUAUUAAUUCUAGGUUUUAG